AUGUAUAUUUCUUGUAUAAUUAACAUUUUAAUAUUAGUUUACAUGUUUGGAUGUUUUUCAUUAGCAUUGAGGCCAAACAAAUCUAAUUUUUUAUCCUACAAACCUUUUACGCAAUCCCUUCUAUACAUAAAUAACAAUAUUUUGAGUAGCAAUUUAUUAUCCAAUAAAUAUUUUUUAAGAAGUUUCUCUAAUUAUAAUAAUUUGACUAAAAUGUCGACCAACGGCCAAGUAAAAGGUGACUGGGUACGUAAACAGUUUAUUGACUAUUUUGUGUCAAAGAAUCACGUUCACUGGCCAAGCUCAUCAGUCUUACCGAAUAAUGAUCCAACACUCCUGUUUGUAAACGCUGGAAUGAACCAGUUUAAGGAUAUAAUCAUGGGCAAGAGUGAUGAGAAUUCAGAGUUUGGAAAACUUAAAAUGGUGUGCAAUUCACAGAAAUGUAUCAGAGCAGGAGGAAAACAUAACGACUUGGACGAUGUGGGCCAGGAUUGCUAUCACCAAACAUACUUUGAGAUGCUGGGGAACUGGAGUUUUGGUGCCUAUUUUAAAGAGGAAGCAAUUUCAUACGCUUGGGACCUGUUAACUAAUGUGUAUAAACUGGACCCAAAUAGGUUAUACGUGACGUAUUUCGGAGGUGAUAAAAGUUGUGAGGUGGACAAUGAGACUAGGGAAAUUUGGCUUAAAUUUAUGCCAGCUAGUCGCAUUUUACCAUUUGGAUCGAAAGAUAAUUUCUGGGAGAUGGCAGAUACUGGCCCUUGCGGACCAUGCACAGAGAUACAUUAUGACCAUAUAGGAGGGCGUGACGCUUCAACACUUGUUAAUGCAGAUGAUCCAAACGUUGUAGAGAUAUGGAAUAUAGUGUUUAUGCAGUAUAAUAGAGGUGAGAAUGGUGUUCUGGAAAGGUUGCCCAAAGGAUGUGUAGAUACAGGAAUGGGUUUGGAAAGGCUUUGUUCAGUCUUGAAUAACACUAACUCAAAUUAUAAUACCGAUCUGCUGAAUGAUAUUAUACAGUAUAUAAGGGAAUUGUUGCCUGGAUUUGAGAGUUAUAAGGGAGGAAAUACACCUUUGGACGUGGCAUACAGAGUAGUGAGUGACCAUGUAAGAUGCUUAUCAGUGGCAAUAUCCGAUAAAGUGUACCCAAGUAAUGAGGGGAGAGGUUACGUGUUGCGUAGAAUCUUGAGGAGAGCCGUUCGUUACUGCAGAGACUAUUUUAAUACAAAGGAACCAUUUUUAUAUAAAUUGGUCCCAAGUGUGACUAAAUUACUGGGUAAUGCAUACCCCAACUUAUUGACUGAGCAAGCUAACAUUGAGAGUAUAGUGUUGGAUGAGGAGAAGCUGUUUCUUCAAACUUUGGACAAGGGGGUUGAAAAGUUUAAGAAGAUGGUAUCAAAGAGUGGAAACAAAGUUAUUAACGGCCCAGAUGCAUUUUUGUUGUAUCAAUCAUAUGGAUUUCCUUUGGACUUAACAAUGUUAAUGGCUAGGGAGUUGGGCAUAACAGUGGAUGUUGACGGAUAUUAUAGUGAGUUGAAACUGCACCAACAGAAGUCAGAAUCAAGAGUAUACACUGAUUUGAACAGUUUAGAAAGCAGAUGUGACAAGUUGUUGAAGUCGCUCUCAGCUGAUAGAAUAAAUACAAUAUUGAAAAUGUGUAACAACGUGUACACUGACGAUAAGUUAAAGUAUGACUGGGAUAGCAGUGACCCAGUGGCUAAAGUAUAUAAAGCCAAGUUAGUUUCUACAGUCACACUUGACAGUGUAAUGAGUGAACUACAGUGCGAUGAUGAUGAUUUAGUGUGCUUAGUAAUGGACAGAACGCCGUUUUAUGCAGAAGGUGGAGGUCAAAUCUAUGAUACUGGAUAUAUCAACGAUUUGGAAGUAUUAAGGGUUUAUAAAAUGUCUGGUCUCGUCUUUCACUUUUGUCUAUCAAAAAAGAGUGGAGUGUUGAGAUGUGGAGAUGAAUUUGAAUUGAAGGUUGAUUAUGAGAGGAGGGUGAGGGUUGCCUCAAACCACACUUCAACUCACAUCCUGAACUUUGUUCUUAGAGACAUGUUAGACGAGAGUUCAUAUCAGAGGGGGUCUCAGCUAGACGAGGAGAAGCUCAAGUUCGAUUACUGUUACAAUCAGCAGUUGCCAGAGGAUUUGAUCAGAAGAAUUGAGGAUAGGAUGAUGGAUUUCGUGCGUUCAGAAGCCCCUCUCAGGACUAGAGAAAUUGAGUACAAAAAUGCGCUUGAGAUUCCAGGAAUCAGAGCAAACUUUGACGAAAAAUACCCUGAAGUAGUUCGAGUCGUUAAUGUUCAAUUGGGGUCAGAAGAUUUUAGUGGAGAACACACAUCAACAGAAGUAUGCGGUGGGACACAUUUGACCAAUACGAAGACCAUACAAGAUGUGGCGGUAGUUGGAGAAGAAGGAAUAUCAAAAGGAGUCAGAAGAUUAACUUUAGUAACGAAUGAGCAGUGCAGAAAGAGCAAAGCAGAUUUGUUACAUUAUGAAAAGAGGUUGGAGGAGUUAGAGAAGAAUUUGAAGCCAAUCAACUUCACUAAAGAUGAUACUAGAGAAGCGUCAUUAAACGCGGCAGAAAACAUGACCAGACUAACAGCUCUGAGAGGAGAAGCAGAAGUACACAAAAUGUUACCACUACUUGGGAAAAGGAAUUUAAUGAAGAAGUUUGAACAAUUAAUAGACCAACAGGUAUCUGCUGGUAAGGCGCAUCAAAAAAGACUGGCUAACAUAGCUAAAAUGAAGGCAGUGGAAGUGGUUGAGAAAUUACAAUCACAGAAGUAUGAUGAAGUGGAGUUCACAGAGAAGACUUCAGAGCACCCUGCAGUACUUAGAGCAUCGGUGGACGACCUAGAAGGCGACUUGAAGUCGUUGAAUGUCUUUGUUCAGACCAUUUCAAAGACGUUUCCACAGAUCGCAGUCCUCGCAUCAAGUGUAGGAAUCAACGCAGUCUGCUGCAGAGUUAACAGCCCAAACGCCUCCUACAGCGCUCUAAAAGCAGCAAACCUUAUCGCAACACAACUGAAUCUUACUAAUGGCACAGGUAUUAUAACCAACACAUUAUUUAUAAUAUUAUAG